AAUUUUCUUUCUUAUAGCAUUUUACAGAACAGAAAAGAUAGGGAUAAUAGUGACUCCAUACAGAGAGCAGCAGGUUAGCGUUUUUCCAGGCUCAAUCCAUUACAGAGCCAAUGCUUCUGUAUCGCUCUGCUUCUGCGCUCUAUUUAGAGAGAUUAGCGUCAUCGUCUAAGCUGCUUUUCUCAUUCAAAAAUUCGAACUUAUUGGUUCCUAGUUCAUGUUCUAUCCGAAUUGGGUUGGUUUGUUUGAGACAACCUUGCUCUAAGCAAUCAAGGGCUGUUGGAACUGUUGCUGCUUCUGCUGCAACACCUGUUGCUGAUGGAAUUGGAAGGGAUACUUUUUAUGCGGCUGAAGGUGUUUCUUGGACAUCACUUGGUGUCUCUGAUAAUGUUUCUCGAGCUCUUGUUAGUGCUGGAAUCCAGAGGCCGUCAUUGAUUCAGGCUGCUUGCGUUCCCUCUAUAAUGUCGGGAAACGAUGUGGUCAUUGCAGCCGAAACUGGUAGUGGUAAAACACAUGGUUACCUAGUGCCCCUAAUUAACAAGAUAUGCAAUGAACAACGUGAUGACAAGUUGACUGAUGGCGACCAAGACUUGGCUUCAAUUAAUAAGCUUUCUCUUGUUCUAUGUCCAAAUGUAAUGCUGUGUGAGCAAGUGGUUCAAAUGGCCAACACCCUUUGCGAUGAACAUGGAAAAUCGCUUCUCAGAGUUACAACUGUUUGUGGAAGACAGGGUUGGCCAGUUUACAAGCCGGAUAUUAUUGUAUCAACACCAGCAGCUCUACUUAAUUAUAUUGAACCAAACAGGAGUCGACGAAUGAAGUUUCUUUGUGCUGUGAAGCAUGUGGUUUUUGAUGAAGCAGAUAUGCUUCUUGUUGGUAGCUUCCAGAAUAAGGUCAUUCGUCUUAUAAAUUUGCUCCGGUUUGAAGAAAAGCUAUUGUCUCGCUCAAAAGAAUCUCCAGAGAGGCUCAUGGAAUUAGAAGCUGACCCGUCAUCCCAGCUUACAUUACAGGAUGAGAGUGACAUAGAAACUGAAACCAUCUCUGAAGGGGAAGGAGAAGGGGAAGGGGAAGAAAGUUACGACGAAGAUGUUGAUUCUAACAACAUACAGGAGAAAACUGAAUAUUCGUCAAGGAGAGUUAAAGACUGGAGAAGAGCACAAAAGAGUUACGAGCGAAGUAAACAAUACAUUUUUGUUGCUGCAACUCUUCCUGUGAAUGGAAAAAAGACUGCUGGUGCAGUGCUGCGGAAAAUGUUCCCAGAUGCUAGUUGGGUUAGUGGGAAAUAUCUACACUGCCACAGUCCCAGAUUGGAGCAGAGGUGGGUUGAAGUGACAGUUGAUAACCAGGUAGAUGAACUUAUCAAGGCUGUGAAUCAAUCUAAAUCUCAACUGAGGAAUAUCGAUGGCAGUGCAAUUCGAACAAUGGUGUUUGCGAACACCGUUGAAACUGUUGAAGCAGUGGCCAAUAUAUUGUCGGUGGCAGGUACAGAAUGUUUUCGUUACCACAAAGACCGCAGUUUGGAGGAGCGGUCAAAGAUCUUGGCUGAUUUCAGAGAGAAUGGUGGUGUUCUUGUUUGCACCGAUGCUGCUGCCAGAGGAGUGGAUAUUCCAAACGUAGCCCACGUUAUUCAGGCAGACUUCGCUACUUCUGCUGUAGAUUUUCUACAUAGGAUUGGUAGAACUGGUAGAGCUGGUCAAUGUGGACUUGUCACUAGCAUGUACACUAAAGCUAACCGUGAUCUCGUAGCAGCAGUUCGACGUGCAGAGAACUUGUCUCAACCUGUGGAGGCAGCAUUCAGCAGGAAACGAAGCUUCCGAAACAAGCUUAAGAAACAAGGUUCUGCAAAAGAGAGUGUUCUGUCAUGAAUGGAAGAGAUGAUUAGUUUGUAUAGAUGAAGAACGAUGAAAACAACGAACAUCCCUUCCUAUUGCUUCACAUUUCAACACCGGAAAGGAUAGAACGAACAUGACAAGAAAAAGACUUCUAAUAUUUAUAGAUUUAGAAUGCAUUCAUUAUUAGUGUUUCCUAAUAACUAUGGGGAUGAGAAAUGACUGGAGUGUUGUGCGCCGAAAGCGGAACAAAUGUACUCACAACACCAAAGUUAUUCAAGACAUACAAUAUGACACUCAAAACUUGAUGAUUUCAACAGCAGAAAGAAUGGCAUUAUAUAGCCUUCUGUUAAACCUAAAGAUAAACUAACCAGCCAAAAAAAGACCUUGAGAAUAGGUCUUGGUCCUAGAGAAUAGGGCUUAUGACAGUGUUCAACAAUCUCCACCUUGUCAUAAGAUCUCCAAGUUGAUAGCUAAUUUGGUUGCUACCAUGUCAACACACUACUCCCUUCCGACGUUGAUGAAAUCUAAACAAUGCCAGAACUUUUCACG